AUGGGCCUCCUGGAUAAUGCAGGUCUGUGCAAUAGCACGGCUCCGUUUCCUAAAGUUAAAACGAGGGAGAAAAGUACUUCUGACUCUAGAUCACCGUCCGCACCACCAGUAAUGAAUCCAUUUCAAAGGCUAAAUGAGAUAGAGGAGAGGAAGGGAGAGAGAGAGUUCUUCUUUUCCUUUUUUACAGUCUCUUUCCUGAUUGUUGUUGGAACUACUGCAGGUCUUGCCCUGCUGGUCUUGUCAGAAUCAAAUAUUGAAGAUUUUAUACAAUCAUUGAAGCAUCAAAAUAUACUUUUGGAAGUUGAUGACUUUGCAAACAGAAAUGGCACUGAAGGUCUCUCAUAUAAUGGAGCUAUCAUAGUUUCUGGUAAACAAAAGGAUUAUAGAUUUUCAGUUGUAUGCAACACUAAGAGGCUACACUGUUUUCCUGUCCUGAUGAAUAUCAUCAGCAAUGGGCUACUUUAUAUGCUUAAUUAUACACAACAUAUUCGAAUUGAGAGAAGUCAGUUUUUUUUGAACCAUGUAAUGAUAUGGAUCGGGCUGCCAGAAGGUUCCUUUUUCUUAUUUUUUAUUGUGUGCAGCAUUUCUCCUUACAUUGCCAUGACUUCUACCAGUGAUUAUAAAAAGAAAGCUGAUAUCCAGCUAUGGAUUUCAGGCCUCUAUCCUUCUGCUUACUGGUGUGGGCAAGCAAUAGUGGAUAUUAACCUCUACAGUUUAAUUCUCCUUUCAACGUAUUUAAUCUUCUACAUAACAAAGAUAAUGGACAUUGACCUUACAAGUCGAAUUGUGCUUGCUACAAUUGUUACUUCACUUGGUUUUGCAAUUUCUCUUAUCUUCUUCACAUAUGUGAUAUCAUUUAUUUUUUGCAAGAGGAGAAAAAACAGUAGCCUCUGGUCAUUUGCUUUCUAUAUGAUCUUGAUGAUCUCAUUCAACAUGGUUUUCAUCAUUUACUUCAACAGAAUUUCAAUAAUUAUCAUCAUGGUAUUAUUUCCUCCAUCUGUCUUGGUUGCGUUCCUAAUCUAUUUGCUAGAGAGAGCCCAAGAACACUACAGAGAAUUUGAAGAAAUAAAAUUUGACAUCAGUGGAGCUGAUUUUCUAGUAUGCCUAAUACCUUUCUUUCAGGCUUUGCUGUUCAUUUUCAUUCUAAGAUGCAUGGAACUAAAAUAUGGAAAGAAAGUAAUACAAAAGGAUCCUGUUUUCAGAAUUUCCCCCCAAUGUCAAAAUGCUGGACCAAACCCAGAAAAACCUGUAGAUGAAGAUGAAGAUGUUCAAGCAGAAAGAAAAAGAACAUCAACUGCCCUGAGAAUUUCUGACUUACAGGAGAAACCCAUCAUAAUUGCCAAUUGUCUACAUAAAGAGUAUGCAGGUCAGAAGAAAAGUUGCUUUUCAAAGAGGAAGAAGAAAAUAGGAGCAAGAAAUAUUUCUUUCUGUGUUAAAAAAGGUGAAAUUUUGGGAUUGCUAGGACCCAAUGGUGCUGGUAAAAGUUCCUGUAUUAGGAUGAUAGCUGGGAUCACAAAACCAGCAGCAGGAGAGGUGGAACUGAAAGGUGACCAGGAAAAUGGCACAGUCAAGUUCCUGGGAUACUGUCCUCAGGAGAAUGUGUUGUGGCCCAUGCUGACAAUGAAAGAACACCUGGAGGUGUAUGCUGCUGUGAAAGGGCUGAGAAAAGGGGAGGCUGCCAUUGUCAUUUCAUGGUUAGUGAAUGCUUUCAAACUGCAUGAGCAGCUGAAUGUUCCAUUGCAGAGUUUGGCUGCAGGAACCACUAGAAAGCUGUGUUUUGUGCUGGGUAUCCUGGGAAAUUCACCUGUCCUGCUUCUGGAUGAGCCAUCUACAGGCGUAGAUCCAACAGGGCAGCAGCAAAUGUGGCAGAUCAUCCAGGCAGCAGUUAAAAACACAGAGAGGGGAGUUGUCCUGACUACCCACAACCUGGCUGAGGCUGAGGCUCUGUGUGACCGUGUGGCCAUCAUGGUGUCUGGAAGGCUGAGAUGCAUUGGCUCUAUUGAACACCUGAAAAGAAAAUUUGGCAAAGAGUACAUCCUAGAAGUAAAAGUGAAGGAGCCUUCUGAAGUGCCAUUAGUCCACACAGAGAUUCUGAAGCUUUUUCCACAGGCUGCACAACAGGAAAGGUCCUCCUCCUUUUUGAUCUAUAAGCUGCCCACAGAAGAUGUUUAUCCUCUAUCUAAGGCCUUUCACAAAUUAGAAGCAGUGAAACACAACUUUAACCUGGAACAAUAUAACCUCUCUCACUGCACACUGGAAAAAGUAUUCUUAGAGCUUUCUAAGGAGCAAGAGCUGGAAAAUGUUGAUGAUGAAGUUGAUACGACCAUAAGAUGGAAACUCCUUCCUCAUUCAGAUGAACCUUAAAACCUCAGACUGAAUAAUUCUUUGUUCAUGUCCCAGAAACUUAUAUUGAUGUAACAUUACUUUGUAUAAUUUAAAAGAUCAUUAAAUAUCACCAUCACAUAUAUUUUGUAUAUUUAGUCAAUAAAUGGAUAAAUUUUGAAAUUACUCACACUUCAGGGUUUUAGAAAUCUCAUAAAGGCAACACAAAAUACAAGUAAAGUCACUCAAAGAUCCAGGCAGUGGAUAUUGUAGAAACAACACUAUAAACUUAGAAGUCUUAAAAAUACUAUUGUUAUACCAUUUACUGAAAUAUUCUCUUGCUGAAAUAGUUGAGGAGUAUAUUCAACAGCCGGAAGCCAUCUGGCUACUUCCUGCCGAUUUACAAUGUAUCAAAUGUAUGGAUUUUCUUUUCUAUGAAAGUACAACCCAAGGCUCUCCCUAAAACCUUCCAGAAAUUACUUUGACACCCACAAGGAUUAGGGGGCCCAUGGACUCACAAAUGAACAAGCAUACUCAUUAGAAAAGCAGUUCAAUAUACCUUUUGAAGACAUGGGGAAUCACAGUAAUAUUUGUUAAACUUUAAAAAUUUUUGAAUACUAGUAUUUAAUUCCUAUGAUUUUCCUCAUCUCCUCAUCAAUGCUUGUCUGUGUAUUUGUUACUGUUUUAAGUUCAU